CCCAACCCUCCCCGUGUCCCCGCAGCUUCGUGACCGGCGUCAUCCACCCGUGGCGGGUGAGCGCCUUCGAGCGGCUGCUGUGGCGCGCGUGCCGCGGGUACCUGGUGGUCACCUUCGUGGAGAUGCCCGAGCCCAUGGAGGACCCGGCCACGGGCGAGAGCAUCACCUGGGUCAUCUUCCUCAUCUCCUACUGGGGUGAGCAGAUCGGGCAGAAGAUCCGCAAGAUCUCAGACUGCUUCCACUGCCACGUGUAUCCCUACCCGGAGAGUGAAGCCAGCCGCAUGGACACCAUGAGUGGGCUGCAGAGCCAGAUCCAGGACCUCAGCGUGGUGCUGGAGGAGACGGAGCAGUACCUGGCGCAGGUGCUGGACAAGGUGGUGCUGGCGCUGCCUACCUGGCAGGUCCAGGUCCAGAAGAUGAAGGCCAUCUACCUCGUGCUCAACCAGUGCAGCUUCGAUGUCACCGAGAAGUGCCUCAUCGCUGAGGUCUGGUGCCCCGUGAGGGACCUCGCCCAAGUGCAGGACGCGCUGCGCCAGGGAUCGUACAAGAGCGGCUCGAGCGUGGAGUGCUUCGUGCAGCGCAUCCCCACCACCGAGAGUCCCCCCACCCUCAUCCGCACCAACAAGUUCACCGCCGGCUUCCAGAGCAUCGUGGAUGCCUAUGGGGUGGCCAGUUACCAGGAGGUGAACCCCGCACCCUACGCCAUCAUCACCUUCCCCUUCAUCUUCGCCAUCAUGUUUGGGGACGUGGGGCACGGGCUCAUCAUGUUCCUCUUCGCUCUCUGGAUGGUGCUGUACGAGAACAGCCCCAGCCUGCGGCAGGCCAGCAACGAGAUCUGGCUGACGUUCUUCGAGGGCCGCUACCUCAUCCUGCUCAUGGGGGCCUUCUCCAUCUACACCGGCUUCAUCUACAACGAGUGCUUCAGCAAAGCCACCGUCAUCUUCCCCUCCGCCUGGAGCGUGGCCACCAUGGCCAACCACUCCUCCUGGAGCUCUGCCUACCUCGCCACCCACCCGCUCCUCACCCUGGACCCCAACGUCACCGGCGUCUUCCAAGGGCCUUAUCCCUUUGGGAUAGACCCAAUCUGGAGUUUGGCCACCAACCACCUCAACUUCCUCAACUCCUUCAAGAUGAAGAUGUCCGUGGUGCUGGGCAUCGUGCACAUGGGCUUCGGUGUCCUGCUGGGGGUCUUCAACCAUCUGCACUUCAAGCAGCGGCACCGGCUGGUGCUGGAGCUCCUGCCCGAGAUGAUUUUCCUCCUGGCUCUCUUUGGCUACCUCGUCUUCCUCAUCUUCUACAAGUGGAUCAAGUUCAGCGCCGCCGACUCCCUGGUGGCCCCCAGCAUCCUCAUCCACUUCAUCGACAUGUUCCUCUUCACCUCCAACGCCGAGAACCUCCCGCUCUACCCAGGACAGGUGCCGGUGCAGACCGUGCUGGUGGUGCUGGCGUUGGCGUCGGUGCCCGUCCUGCUCUUGGGGACCCCGCUCUACCUGUGGUGCCGGCGGCGCAAGCCAAGGCCGGGGCACCCCGCGGCGGUGGGCACCGGCGAGCAGGAGCCGCUGCUGGAGGGGCAGGAGGCCGGGAACUCCGUCAACGUCACCGUGGAGGAUGUGGAGAGCGGCGGGCACAGCCCUGACGCUGAGCACCUGGACUUCGCCGAGCUCUUCAUGCACCAGGCCAUCCACACCAUCGAGUACUGCCUGGGCUGCGUCUCCAACACCGCAUCCUACCUGCGGCUCUGGGCGCUCAGCCUGGCCCAUGCCCAGCUCUCGGAGGUGCUGUGGACCAUGGUGAUGCGCAAUGGCUUCGUGCGCCUGAGCUACGCCGGCGGCGCCGUGCUGGUACCCGUCUUCGCCGCCUUCGCCGUGCUGACCGUGGCCAUCCUGCUGGUGAUGGAGGGGCUCUCUGCCUUCCUCCACGCCCUGCGCCUGCACUGGGUGGAAUUCCAGAACAAGUUCUAUGUGGGUGCUGGAUACAAGCUCUGCCCCUUCGCCUUCGCGCCCGGCUCUUGGGAAUAGCCGUGUGGAUGCUGGAGGUUUGGAGCCAAAGCCCUGCCCCACUGAUGGGAGCUCAGAUGGGGGGCAGUUGGGGGUCUGGCUGCAGCCUCCCAUCCCUUGCUUGCAGUGAAUAAAGCCCCGUGGCUUGUCCCCA